AUGCAUAUCAAACCCCUUCCCACUCUAGGACUCAUGCUCCCUCUCUUCGCAUCAUUGGCACAAGCAAACGUGGAAAAGACCAUCUUCCUAGCACCAGCACCAGCAGCCGUCCCCUCUGAGGAACCAGAUCUCGACGACCUAGGUUUGGAGCGUCUAUCACCACAGAGCCCUGUGGUGCGCACUCGCCUCAAUGCCUCAUUCCCAAUGGCCGCUACACCCGGCGGUACGGACUCGUGGUUCUUCCUUGAAAACCUGAACCCGGGCCAGCGGUACGAGGUACGAGUGUGCUGGCUAGCCACUCAACCAACAACCUUCACCCUCACCACCUAUGUGCCAAAAGAAAUCGAAGACAAAAGCCUCCUGUCUUCCCUGAGCACGUACGCAGCAGCCCGACUCGCAACACUAGACACAAAUCUUCAAGUAAAUUCCAUCCCGCGCCGUGUCAGUCCACACAGCAGCGAAGAUCCGCUCGACCCUGCGCCGACCAGGGACUCGGUCCUGUUUCUGCAUGUGCAAGCCGCAGCAGAUUAUUUCAGUACAGACCAGGCAUUGAUGCAGAAUGUUCCACCCGUGGCGGUGGACUUGAUUCUUGAUCCAUUCUUGUUCAAUGUUUUCCCGCGCUCGUUGGUGCCGACUGCUGGGUGGAUUGUAAUUGUUACUAUUCUUGCGGUGGUGCUGGGGAGGUGGGCUGUGAAGGAGGUUGGAAGGGUUGUGAAUGAUGCUAGGAGGCAAAGUGUUUUGGAGGAAGUGAAGAAGAGAUGA